GUAUCGCUGUAUGAAGUGUGUGAACGUCCACGUGUGUCAGAGCUGCUUCCUGACCGACAGACAGACGAGAAAACACAAAACUCACCAUCCAGUGCUUGAAUUCUGCACACAGCCCACCUGGAGAGAGUCUCUGUCCUCGUUGGUGCACAGCACUCGUCAUGCCCUGUUGCCACGGCGAUACACACGGAGAGAGGUUGACAGGAUGUGGGCGGAGCCAGGAGAGAGUCAGAACAGUGCUCCGCCUCCCUCGGAUCCCUCAACACAAUUGGCUGCCUCAGCUGUCAGUCACAGUCCCACCUCCAACAGAGAAGCUUCCCACGAUGCCUCGGUGCAACUGCCACCCUGCUCGUUUUCCUCUAAAGCUCUGCAGACUGACGAGGAGACACCAGCUCAGCAGGUGAAGGCGUCGGCUCUGCUCACUGAAGUCAGAAACCUGCAGAGAGACAAAUGGCUGUUGGAGCAGCAGCUGCAGGCGUGGCGGCUCACCGUCCAAUCAGAGCAGGGCAUCCUGGAGGACAGGUGUUCUGAGAUGGAAGUUAGCAUGGAAACGCUGCGAGAACACAACCUCAGUCUGCAGGGAAUGCUCACACAGGCUCUGAACAAGAUGGAGGCUCAACAACACGCCAACAACACACAACAAAGCAGCGUCAAUGAGAACGUGGAGAACACUGAGAACGUGGAUAACACUGAGAACGUGGAGAACACUGAGAACGUGGAGAACACUGAGAACACUGAGAACACAGAGAACACAGAGAACGUGGAGAACACUGAGAACACAGAGAACGACCUACUUCCGUCAUGUGACAUUCACUGUGAAGGGGGGGUGUCGGCCGGUGACAGCUUUUGCUGUCGUCCAAUCAGACAGCAGGAUGGCCAAGAGGAGGCGGAGCCACAGGAAGAAGACGCGUAUCUGUGUGAAGAAGAGGAUUUUUCAGGUGAGAGGAAGAGGGCGGAGCUUCUGGAGGCUGCAGACCAGGUGGGGGACUCGAUACACCACCUGGUGGAUGCUGUGAGAACAAACAGUGACACGCUGAAGAUCAGGUUAUAA